AUGGAUUUGAGAAGCUUGUUGAAGAAUUCAUCAAGGCUUGCAAUGGCUUACCACUAUCUCUUAAAGUAUUUGGAGCACAAUAAAUUAUAUUGCGAAUCCAAUAAAGAUUAUUGGAAGAAUCAAUUACAAAAGAUUGUUAGGAUACUGCCUGAUGAUAUAAAAAAUAGACUAAAAAUAAGUUAUGAUGCCCUAGAUUAUGAAGAGAAAGAAGCAUUUUUAGAUGCAGCUUGUUUUUGUAUUGGUCAAAAGAAAACUUCAGUCAUUGCAGCUUGGGAUGGAUCAAUUGGGAGUGGCAUGUGCAGUUGGGAAAGUCUCAUGAAUAAAUGCCUAGUUGAACUUGAGGAUGAUGAGUGCAUAAGAAUGCAUGAUCAUUUACGAGAUUUGGGAAAAGAAAUUGCAAAUCAUCAUUCACCUUACCGUGUUUGGUCUUCUCAACAGAUUAUUAAUGUUCACAAUGAUGUGCAGGGAAUUGCCAUUCGAGCAAUCAUGGUUACAAGAGAUGGAUCAACAAGCGAGGUUGACCAGUUUCCUCAAUGUUCUGAGGGUGGAGAGCUCAUAGUUAACACAAGCAGAGGAUUUCGUAGCCUGGCGCCAUCUUCUCUUGGAUUAAAAUUUCUUCUAGUGAGUGGAAAUUAUUAUAAUCAAGUGAUUGGUGAUCUAUCAAGAGAGCUGGUAUGGCUUCGUUGGUCUAGCAUUGAGGAGAGAAAUCUUCACUCAUUGAAUUCAAUGAAAAAUUUGAGGGUUUUAGAACUCUACCAAAAGAGGCUUGGGGAAAAUCACUUAGAAGAACUGUGGGAGACUGACAGCAAUGCUCCUGUGCAGUUAAGAGAGUUGCUAAUUUAUAAUUGCUCGGAAUUCCAAAAAUUUCCAGAGUCAAUAGGAUGUCUCAGGCAUUUGAAAAAGAUAGUCGUGAGUCGUGGGAGCAAGGUGAGCAGCCUGCCGGAUGAAUUUUGUCGUCUUCAAUCGCUGGAGCACCUGGAGUUAGAUAUGUGUCGGGAGCUGUCAUCGCUACCCUGCAGUUUUGGUGAUUUGAGAAAUCUGAGGCACCUUGAUUUGUCUUAUUGCGUGGAAUUGAGGAAGUUGCCAGUCUCUUUCAAGAAGCUCGCACUCCUGCAACACCUCAACUUACAAGAAUGUUCUAACCUCACCUUAGAGUCAGACAUUCUGGAAAACAUGACACAGCUAGAGUAUUUGAACCUCUCCGGUUGUAGCAAAUUGGAAGAGUUGCCUCGUCACAUCAUAAAUCAGGGCUCCUUGACAGUGUUGUAUUUAAAAGAUACAGAGAGGUUAAGGGAGGUACCAUGGAGCAUCGGCCAACUAAGCAAGUUGCAAAAGAUGAGCAUCGGAAGUGAGUUGUUGACAAGCCUGCCAACAUCUAUUGGAGAUUUACGUUCCUUGACUUCUCUUGAAAUUGAUAAGUGUCAUAACCUGGAAUGUCUACCCGACUCUCUAGGUCGUCUUAAUCUCCUAGAGUCGUUAUAUAUAGGGAAUUCAGGAGUAAAAUCCUUACCAGAAUCAGCUGGGCAACUGAUUAAUCUCCAAACACUAUAUAUAUCGAUUUGCUUAAUCAGUGAAUUAGAUCUUGUAAAAUCUUCAUUGCACAAUCUUAAGAAGAUAACUCUGCGUAUAACUGAAGUGUGCAAGGUUUCCAUCUCCGAAGACUGUUGUCCAGGCCUUGAAUCUCUUGGGCUUUAUAGCAAUAACCGUCUAACAGAAAUAGAUGUCCUACCAACUACAGUCAAGACGGUGGAAUUGGUAUCGUGUAAAAUGUUGAGGAACAUAAAGGCUAUUGAAGGUCUGGUAAACAUCCAAAUGCUGAGCAUAUUUGGGUGCCCUGAGUUGGAUGCGCUUCCCAGUUUUGCACAAUCAACUUUUCUUCAACAGUUUGAACUGAAAGGGUGCUAUGGAGUGAAGAAAAUCCAUGGUCUGGAACAUUGCAGAGCAUUGGAGAGGCUGACAGUGGAUACGAGAUGGAAGGAGGCGGGUAUAGGAAGUUUGGAGCGCAUGGUAAGAUUGAGACACGUGGAUCUCAGAGCAAUCAGCAGACCAGGCGUUGAAGGUUGCAUUCAAAGCAUGAAGAAUUUGCAGAAAUUUCCCGACGAAACAUUCAUAUGCACGCGGGCGGUCCGUGAUGCGGCCUCACAUGUAAACUCCUUUGACUUUGUGGGUCUCUCCGUGGUUGACUCCUUCGCUAAACAGGAAAUCAAGUCCUUCAAAUGCCCAUCCCUCAAAUGCCCAUCCUCUGCGUGCUGCCUUCUUUUAUGUUUUGUUGUGAAUUGUGAAUCUCCAAAUACUUCAUUGAAUUUAUUUCUCAAUAAUUUAUCUAUUUGGGAUGUUCCUAUGGAGGAGGGUAAAUGGGUAUGGACAGGUGUCAUCACACAACAUUCCAGGAUCCACAAUCACGUUCCACUUAACGGACAAUCAAGGGUAGAGAUUUAUUCACGGGGUAAAGAAAUGGUAAAAGGAGAAGCGGAGAAGGGAUUGUUUGUGAGGGGAGAAGAGGAGAGAGUUGCGGAGGCUUUCAAUCGUUUAUGGGUGCUCUUAUCAGAUUAAUUAUAUGCAAAUACAAGUUAGGAAAAGUGUGGAAAAGGCGCCAUUUAAUGAUGAUAUUUAUUGUAAUUUUGGUAAAUUUUUAAUGUAUAUUAAAUUUAUUUAUUUAAUAAAUAUUUACAUUUUUUA